AUGAGUUCCACUACUGAUAAGCUAUUACAAAAGUACGAUACCCUUGUUAAGAAAACUACCGAGCAUAAGUUUGCUAAAGAGCUAUGCUCUGGUACUUUAAAUGAUCGUACUUUGUACAUCUAUUUAACACAAGAUCUUUUAUUUUUUGAAACCAGCUUAAGGUUAAUAUGUAAGACAACUUCUUUAGCACCAACUUCCCAUGCCUUGAUUACCUUGGCCAAAAAGAUUGGAUUUUUUGCUAAUGACGAGAACUCAUACUUUCAUGACUGCCUAGAAUUAUUGGCACCAUCCCUUACCGAAGAGGAAAGAGUUAAGUUCAAUAAUAAGGCAAUUCCCGGUGUUGAUGCUUACCUUGAGUUCAUAAAUGAUCUCAGAAAAGAUAGCUCAAUUACAUGGGCUUCCUUGAUAACCACUUUGUGGGUUGCUGAAGAACUUUAUUGGGGGUGGGCUCGUGAUACCCCCAGAGCCCCAGACUUGCACUGGAAGUACCAAAAAUGGAUUGAUUUACAUGACGGGGAACAUUUCCAAACCUGGUGUGAAUUUUUGAAGGCUGAAGUUGACAAGUUCCCAAUUGAAGAAGUCGAGAGCAUAUUUGUAAAGGCUUCACAAUUUGAGCACGAGUUUUUCGAUUCCUGUUGUAACAUUUAA